CUUCCUCCAGCGCUUUUCUCUGCCCCGGUCCUGAGAGCCGGGGAGCGGGAAGCGAGGGGCGGCCGGCRGCCACCGGGGCACGUACCCGGGGGAAGGCGGGACUUCCGCGUCUCGCCGGAAGUGACGCGACAGUUGCGGCCGCCGCCAGGUGGAACGGCAGGUGGGUUCAGGUGUCAGCCCGGCCCCGGCCCUGCUGUGGGACCGACUCUCCCGUGAGCGACAGAGGCAGCUCCCAAGGGCCUGGAGACCCGUGGGGCGGGCUCUGGGAUCCGAGCCCACCGCCCUGGCCUGGAGUCCCUCCCUGUACCUAUUCCCCAUUCCCCUGCCGAGCUGGGCCGUUGGCCAGCCCACCCCGACUCUCGGAACCAUGUUUGCAGACUUGGAUUAUGACAUCGAGGAGGAUAAACUUGGAAUCCCUACUGUGCCUGGGAAGGUGACCCUGCAGAAGGAUGCUCAGAACCUGAUCGGGAUCAGCAUCGGAGGAGGGGCCCAGUACUGUCCCUGCCUGUACAUUGUCCAGGUAUUCGACAACACACCUGCGGCCCUCGAUGGCACGGUGGCAGCUGGCGAUGAGAUCACCGGCGUCAAUGGCAGGUCAAUCAAGGGGAAAACCAAGGUGGAGGUGGCUAAGAUGAUUCAGGAGGUGAAGGGGGAGGUGACCAUCCACUACAACAAGCUGCAGGCGGACCCCAAGCAGGGCAUGUCCCUGGACAUUGUGUUGAAGAAGGUCAAGCACCGGCUGGUGGAGAACAUGAGUUCGGGGACGGCUGAUGCCCUGGGCCUGAGCCGGGCCAUCCUGUGCAAUGAUGGGCUGGUGAAGAGGCUGGAGGAGCUGGAGCGGACGGCUGAGCUUUAUAAAGGGAUGACGGAACACACGAAGAAUCUCCUUCGGGCUUUUUAUGAACUCUCACAGACCCACCGGGCCUUUGGGGACGUGUUCUCCGUGAUCGGGGUGCGGGAGCCCCAGCCGGCAGCAAGCGAGGCUUUUGUGAAGUUCGCCGACGCCCACCGCAGUAUGGAGAAGUUUGGUGUUCGGCUGCUGAAGACCAUCAAGCCGAUGCUGACAGACCUGAACACGUACCUCAACAAGGCCAUCCCGGACACUCGCCUCACCAUCAGGAAGUACCUGGACGUGAAGUUCGAGUACCUGUCGUACUGCCUGAAGGUGAAGGAAAUGGACGACGAGGAAUACAGCUGCAUCGCCCUAGGGGAGCCCCUGUACCGAGUGAGCACCGGCAACUACGAGUAUCGCCUGAUCCUGCGCUGCCGCCAGGAGGCCCGCGCCCGCUUCUCCCAGAUGCGCAAGGACGUGCUAGAGAAGAUGGAGCUGCUGGAUCAGAAGCACGUCCAGGACAUCGUGUUCCAGCUGCAGCGCUUCGUGUCCACCAUGUCCAAGUACUACAACGACUGCUACUCCGUGCUGCGGGACGCAGACGUCUUCCCCAUCGAGGUGGACCUGGCACAUACCACACUGGCCUAUGGCCUCAGCCAGGGCGAGUUCACUGACGGGGAGGACGAGGAGGAGGAGGAAGAGGACACUGCAGCCCGGGAGCCGUCCAGGGAUAUCCGCGGAGCUGCUGGACCCCUGGAYAAGGGCGGAAGCUGGUGUGACUCCUGAGCACCCAGGGUGCAGAUCAGGGGGGAAGGGCAGUGGGCAGACUGCAGCGGGAGCGGGGCUGGGCAGUGGUGCACGUGGUGGCGCAUAAAGCCUGCUGGCUCGGGCGCCUGCCUCCCUGCUCCUCUGUCCUCGCACAGCAAACCCGGCUCCUGCCCAGGAAAGGUGCCAGGCUGAGGCCCAGCCCUGGACACCGGCCCACCCUCCCUCACCUCCCCAGCCGGGGAGAGCGAGGCCUCUGGACCUUACUUAGGAAGGAGAGGGCAGAAGGACAAGGGGCUGCAAGUGGCAUCCAACCCAGGACCUGCCACGCCUGCUGGGAGCAGGCGAGUCCUGCACACCCUCUGCUGGCCCCACCCCCCACCCCCUCCA